AUGGCUGCGGUCUUGCUGCACCGAUACGACACUCGGUCUGACUAUUCGAAGGCGGCUCGUCCGCAGAGCCCGUUGCCUUUUGUGUCCAUGCUUCUGGCUACCCUGGUGUUUCGUAUGACAACACGCCGGCGGCCAACAUCCAGCUGGUUGAGUCUUGUUUCCGGGGUGACCGGAACGACAUGCCGUGUGCCCACGCCCUCGGCCCGAGACCUGCAAGAGGAUUCCGGAGUGCUCCCUGCGUGGGGUUUUCUUCUCGCACCCCUGACCAUGGCCCUGGCCAAGUUGCAGACGCGGAAAUGCGCGCCGAAGCUUCGACGACUCGGGGCGGGGAAUCCCAGGGGCCUUUUCCGCAGUUUCCAGGCUUCAGUUCAAGGCUUCAAGGCCCACUCCCGCGGCUCACAGCACGGGGCUCCCCUUGUAGUCGUUGUAGCGUCGUAG